AUCGCCGGCUGCUAGGGUUUUAUGGUUGCCGCCGCGUCCCCGAGCAUCACCGCCUCCAACCCCGACGCCCUCAUCCCGCGGCCGUUCCUACGCGUCGCAGCCGCCGUCCCCGUGCUCUCCCGCGGCCAGCAUCACGCCGCCGCCUUCCGUCGAGCCGGCGUGCGAGAUCCGUCCGGGCCCGGUUCCUUCUCUCUUCUAUCGUGCAGGUUGUAUCAGUUGUUUAUCUUGACUCAGGAGUUCUGUUAAAGAACUCGACAUUGUCGCUCAUAUGGAGCCCCAGAAGAGUUGUCUUCUGAUCACUUACUCCCAGGAGAUCGUAGAUGGGGUGCCUUUGUAUGUUUCAUCCAACUGCCUGCCCAUGAAAGCUUUGAAAUAUGAACCUGCUGGUCAUUCAUUCCAUGCUGCGGCAAUGAAGCUUCUUGGUCUUGGGGAGCAAGAAGACACAGAAACUGAUGAUCGCAGCGUUUCAUCAGAUGACAAGAGCCAAGAUUUUAAUACUGCCUCUGAUACCUUUAGCAGCAAAGGGAAGAAGAAGUCUUCUGGCAGUCAACAACAGGAUCACUAUGCAUUGCUUGGGUUAGGACACUUGAGGUUCUUGGCCACUGAAGAUCAGAUUCGGAAGAGUUACCGUGAUAUGGCCCUCAAACAUCAUCCAGAUAAGCAGGCUGCUCUGAUUCUUGCAGAGACAACAGAGGAGGCAAAGCAAGCAAAAAAGGAUGAGAUAGAGAGCAAUUUCAAGGCCAUUCAGGAGGCCUAUGAAGUCCUCAUAGACCCGACUAAGAGGAGGAUUUACGACUCAACAGAUGAGUUUGAUGAUGAUGUCCCGACAGACUGUGCCCCACAGGACUUCUUCAAGGUCUUUGGCCCAGCCUUCAUGAGAAACGGACGCUGGUCUGUUACCCAGCCUAUUCCUUCUCUUGGAGAUGAUGCUACUCCUGUACAGGAAGUUGACAAGUUCUACAAUUUCUGGUACAACUUCAAGAGUUGGAGGGAAUUUCCAGAUGAUGAUGAAUAUGAUUUGGAGCAAGCUGAAUCUCGUGAACAUAAGAGGUGGAUGGAGAGGCAGAACGCCAAACUACAAGAGAAGGCCAAAAAGGCUGAGUAUGCACGAGUGCGUACUCUUGUUGACAAUGCUUACAAGAAAGACCCAAGGAUCCAGAGGAGGAAGGAUGAGGAGAAGGCUGAGAAGCAGAGAAGAAAGGAGGCAAAGUAUUUGGCAAAGAAACAGCAGGAGGAGGAAGCAGCAAGAGCUGCUGAAGAGGAAAGGAAAAGGAAAGAAGAGGAGGCUAAGAAAGCUGCGGAAGCUGCACUCAAUCAGAAGAAGUUGAAGGAGAAAGAGAAGAAGCUGCUGCGCAAAGAGAAAACCCGUCUGCGCACUCUUGCAGCACCUGUAGUUGCAGAGAGCAACUUUGGUCUGUCAGAUGAGGAUGUUGAAACAGCAUGUGCCUCACUUGAUAUGGAACAGCUCAAGAAACUCUGUGACAGUAUGGAGGGUAAGGAUGCAGCUGAAAAGGCCAAGUUGCUGAGCAGUGCACUUAAUAAAGAAAGUUCCUCAAAGGAAGCAAAGAAAAGUGAUGCAAACGGUGUGGAGGGUUCUGCUCCAAAAUCCAACUCUACAGGAGGAAAAGUGACACAAGGCAGCAGCUUAUUGAACAGCUAUGAGAAAAAAGAGAGACCAUGGGGAAAGGAAGAGGUUGAAUUGCUUAGGAAGGCAAUCCAGAAGUAUCCUAAGGGAACUUCACGUAGAUGGGAGGUUGUUUCUGAGUUUAUUGGGACAGGCAGAUCUGUUGAAGAGAUUCUCAAGGCCACAAAGACUGUUCUUCUGCAGAAGCCAGAUUCAACAAAAGCUUUUGACUCUUUCCUUGAGAAGCGCAAACCAGCCCCAACCAUUGCUUCACCACUUUCAACCAGAGAUGAAACAGUUAGUUCGUCAACUGAUGGAGCUGGGACUGCUUCAUCCAAGACGGCGGCACAGCCUGCUAGCAGCCAGCCAGCCAAUGGGAAAGCAGCUGCUGAUCCUGUUCCAGAUGCUGCACCUUCUGUGACUGAUCCAGAGGCCUGGUCAGAGACGCAAGUUCUGGCUCUCGUCCAAGCUUUGAAGGCUUUUCCUAAGGAUGCAAGCCAAAGAUGGGAGCGUGUGGCUGCUGCUGUCCCGGGUAAGACUGUAGUCCAGUGCAAGAAAAAGGUUGCCGCAAUGAGGGAGAAUUUCCGGAGCAAGAAAAGCGGGGAGUAGUGUCAUUGCCUCACCUAAGUACAUUUUGCGAGGAAGAUUGUCUCUAUGGAAAUAUUUAUAUACCGAGCAUUGCAGCUGGUGGCCUCUGCCAGAGGUUUUGCAUGAUGAACCUCUUACCCCACCAGAGUGGUGAGAAUAAUUUUGUUCUGGAGCUGUGACAACUCUAAUUUAUCCUGCCAGCGUUGUCAUUUUGCUUAGUAGCAAUCAAGUUUGGGGCAGCCGGAGAGGAGGAUACGCCAUUGAAGCUCAUCUACUGUUGAUGGACUAAUGAUUGGCCUUUUUUAGCAGUGGUACGCAUGGGUUUUGUUUCGGCUGGCUCCUGGGUUGUCUAUGCUUGUUGGAAGCCAUUGGAAUAUUGCCUUGCAAUAUGCAAUGGUGUAGUGAUAUGGUUCGGCCUGGCUGAGUAAAAAUGUAGAGAAUCACAUGGGUUUUUGUUUAUCAACUAAGAUAGAAAUAUUUGUUACAUCGUGAGACCUGUUAUUGAAGUGAGCAUUAUUUUGCCUGACCACAUUUUUGUAUUUUGUCGUCCUAUGAUAAUAGUCUUUUAUCUGGCAAGUGGCUAUUCUUGUUGCAA